AUGUCUGAGGAAACAGGCAAGUAUCCUGAAAAGGGGGGACGUGAUGGCAGCAACACCUCAUCCAUAUCACGAUCUGAACAGAUUGCAAAGGCAGCCGAAAUGCUGGGUGUGGAGAAAGGUGAGACAAUAUCGGCCGACGACGAGUUAUUGGCAUCCCUGGGAUAUCGAGCUGAACUAAAACGCGAAUUCUCAUACACCACUGUCUUCGGACAAAGUUUUGGCUCUAUGGGGAUUGCUCCAGCAAUUGCCGAGAGUAUGGUUUUCAGUUUGGGCAGUGCCGGAAGUGUGGGAAUGUGGGUUGCACGUCUCACACCACCACGGCAGAGGGCUUUCAUGUGCUGGCUUGCCGGUUAUAUGAACGUCUUAGGGUAUAUCUCGAUAUACGCAUCGACAAUCUAUGCAGCGACUCUUAUUCUUGGCGCAAUCUGUAACAUCAAUACAGAUUCUGCGUUUGUCGCUACAAAAUAUCAAAAUUACGGCAUGUUCGCAGCAACCACCUUCCUGACCUUUGCAAUGACUUGCGUGCCGUCACAAAUCCUCUCUCGUCUUAAUAUGUUUUACAUAUUCCUACAAUUUGCUAUGCUUUUUGCUCUGAUUGUUGCUCUUGCCGCUGGAACACCCUCGGAACUCAAAAACUCCGCGAGUUUUGUCUUUGCAGAUUUCGAAAACACCGGGUUUUGGACAAAUAAUGGUUGGGCCUUCAUGCUCUCAUUUCUUACACCAGUAUGGGUUGUCUCCGGAUUUGAAAGUGCAGCGACUAUAGCGGAAGAGGCCAGUAAUGCCGCCAAAGCAGUGCCAUUCGCAAUGGUUUCUUCAUUGAUCACGGCUGCAGUGACGGGGUGGGCAGUUAUUAUAACGAUUGCAUUCUGCAUGGGAACAGAUGUGACUGGUAUAGUGACGUCACCACUGGGCCAGCCUCUGGCACAGAUAGCAUUCAAUAGUUUGGGCAAGGAUGGAAGUGUUGCCUUGUUGGUUUUCCUAUGGAUUUCGAGUGUGGCCAAUUGUUCGAUAUUGAUGGUUGCGGCUUCGAGAGAAACUUUCGCUUUCGCUAGAGACCACGGCCUCCCAUUUUCAUCCUACCUUCGUGUUCUCUCAUCCAACAAAACUCCUAUCCGUGCCAUCUUCUUCGUCGCAAUUUGCACACUCACCGAAGGUCUUCUCAUGCUCGUCAACACCAUCGCCAUAAACAGCAUCUUCAACCUUGCAAUCAUGGGCCUCUACUUCGCUUACUGCAUGCCUCUCGUAUCCCGUCUCCUUUUUCGCAAUUUCACACCCGGGGUGUGCUAUGAGGAUCCAAACGCCGAUGAAAUGAAUUAUGCGGUUGUGGUUUUGGGAUUUGUAUUGGUUUUUUGUACGGCGUAUUAUUGGUGUCCGAAGUAUGGGGGAAAGACCUUCUUCAAAGGACCAGUGAGGACGAUUGACGAGGUUUUGGAGGAGAGAGGUGAUGUAAGGGAGAGAUUGGUGGAUGAAAUUGGAGAGCAUGGGACGAAGCGUGAGGAUGGAAGUAGUGGUUAG